UAGCAUAUACCUAUCCUGAAUCCCUGAUCGCUUCUCAGCUUAUCGCAAUCUCGCCUUCUCCUUUCUCCAUUUCUCCGGCGACACUCCGGUCAGGCGGUCACUCCCUCAUAUCCUCAGACGGUCAAACCUCAGUUCAGCGACUCAGCUGCGACCGUAGGGGACUCAUGCACUCAGCGACUGCAACUCUUCGUCAUCGGUCCUCACUCUCCUCAGCGCCUCAGACCUCACCUCAGUCCUAAGCUCAAGAUUUGGGGCAUGAGAGCACAAGCACUGGCAGUUCAACAAUCUCUUAUUGGCUCUGUUGUUUGCUCUCGAAACUGUAAAUCGUCUCUCUGCUCAAUCUGGAGUUGUUCUAGAUCGUCAUACCCCCCAUACAAACUCAGUUCUUUUCUCUCUUAUCAAUUCCCCAUGUCUUUUGCCACCAAAAUCCCAAACCCUCUCUUCCACCAACCAUUCCUGAAAACUGUUGGUUCUCAUUCCUCAGCUUCUACUCCUGAAAGGUUUCAUUUUUCUAAGCCUAUCACUUUUCAGAAAAUUCCCACAAAACUAAUUUCUGUGGUACCGCCUGCAUCAUCAUCACAAUCAUCCUCGGUAUCUCUACAACCUGUUGAAGACUUGCCCCCGAAGCUUCAAGAGAUAGUCAAGCUUUUCCAAGCAGUAGAGCAGCCCAAGGCUAAGUAUGAACAGCUUUUGUUUUAUGGGAAGAAUUUGAAGCCGUUGGAUGCUCAGUACAAGACUGGUGAAAAUAAGGUCCAGGGCUGCGUUUCGCAGGUCUGGGUAAGGGCAUAUCUUGAUGCAAAUAAAAAUGUCAUCUUUGAGGCUGAUUCUGACUCGGUGCUCACUAAGGGCCUUGCAGCUUUGCUGGUUCAAGGGCUUUCAGGCCGCCCUGUUGAUGAGAUUGUGAGGGUAUCACCUGAUUUUGCAGUACUUCUUGGGUUGCAACAGAGUUUAACACCAUCAAGGAACAAUGGUUUCUUGAAUAUGCUCAAGUUGAUGCAGAAGAAGGCUCUGCAGUUGUAUGUGGAAGCUGAAAAGACAGGAAGUUUGGGUCAUGAUGAGGAUGCAAGCAAUACAGCUGAGAGCUCGAAUUUUGGAGUGACUAAUGAUAAUGGAAAUGAGAAUUUGAAGACUGGACUGAGUUCUGAAGAGAGUGGUGGUAAUGAUAGUAAAGCAGUAUCGUCUGGUAGUGUUAUUUUGGGGAGUCGGGGGAUGAGAAUUAGGGAGAGAUUGGAGAGGGAUCUCAUGCCUGCUGAAUUGGACGUUGAAGAUAUUUCAUAUCAGCAUGCUGGUCAUGCUGGGGUUAGGGGCAGUGAUGGUGAGACACAUUUCAAUGUGAGAGUGGUUUCUGAGAAGUUUGAGGGCAAGAGUUUGGUUAAGAGGCAUAGAUUGAUUUAUGAUUUGUUGCAAGAGGAGCUGCAGAGUGGACUUCAUGCGUUGUCCAUCAUUGCUAAGACACCAUCUGAAGUAAAUAGUAGGUGAAAAUCUCAGCUUUAAAAAGGUCUUAGCAUUCUUUCUCAUUUAAGUUCUUAUUGAAAUUGGUUUUUGUCAGUACCAAUAUUGUGCUAUUAUAGGCACUUGAAGCAAGAGAUUUUGAAAGAUGUUUUCUUUUCCUUUUAGAACCAUGAGAAGGAUAUAGGAUUUGUACUACCCUGUAAAAAAUAGUUCAAGAACUUGUUUUCCUAAUUACUAUGUUCUGUUUAGUAUGUUACUCAAAACAAUUUAUAAUAUAAAUUUUUUUACCAGACUUUCAUAAAUA